UACAAUAUUGAUUAAGAUUCCGUGAUUAAUACUUUGUGAUUUUAUUUAUUAAUUAUAUGCAAUACCUAAAGAUUAAAAAAGCUGAUUGCAAUCAAUUACUAUUAAUUUAAAGAAAUAUUUAACCGUAAAUCAUGUCUCACAACCGUAAUAAAUAUGAAAAAGCUCGAAGACGACUGGCUGCAGUUACAUUUUUGUCAAAUAUUUCCUUAGAUGGUACCUUCAGAGAUACAGAAUUGACUAAAAUAAUUGAUAAACCAUCAAAGACUGAUAAAUCGAUCACGCCGUCUAAAGUUAUUGAUAAUUCUAACAUUGACAAAGAUGUUUCGCGUAAUGGUAUCCGUAAUAAAAACAAAGCUCCACAAUCAAGCCCUGUACAUCGUCUGGCUGCCGAUAACCAUUCCAUGAGUUCAGAAUCUGAGCACACUACAGUUACUCCGACUAAAGGAGUUGUAACGCAAUCUUUCAGGGAAAGAUGUUCUUCAGGAAAUACAGAAUCUUUUAAAGACAAACAAUCCUCAUCACGCUUGAAAAAGAAUCAUAUUGUGUCUAUGGGUGGUAUUAAUCCGGACGAAAAGAGCAGUUCAGAGAGUUUAACCUUUGGUCGUUUUCGUACAAGUUCUACUUGUAUACCUGAGAAUCAUGCAUUAAUAAAGGAAGUUCGACUUAUACGACCAACUAAAGGAGUGUCAUUUAGAGAUGAAAGGCUUGUUUUUGCUCCAGUCCAAGGAGUUCCAUGCGCUAUAUUUAGCACCAUACCAUACUCGAAAACUGUUAGAAAUGUACGCUCAGAUAUCCGUAAAGAUGGGGUUCGAAGGCGUAAUACAUCUGGACCACGGCCUCUCUCGUCAAUUACCGACAAUGGUGUUGAUCCAUUUGAUCUACUUGGAUUAGAAAAAGAGGAAAAUGGUCAGGAUAUAUCUUACUCUAAGUUACUAGUACCAUCUCGAGUUUACACAAGAGAACAGUAUAGAAAAAUGUAUGAAGGUGAUUUCAGUGACAAAGCUAAUUGGAAGGUCUUGAACCGUCACCCACAUGUAAUAGCUAGGACUAAGUUAUUGACGAGACACAAGGAUAAAAAAUGGUGCUUCUCAUACGAAUCAUCUCAAAGAACCAACGUAGCUACAUCGCCGCCUCACUCGUCUAUCGAAAUGAAGACAUUCGAUUGGGAUGAACCAUCUUUGCUGGCACAAAAAUACGUACAAUACUGUCCUAAUGUACUGGACGAUCCAGAAUUGAUUGCUGGGAAGCACAGAACUUUACUUACAUUUACUUCGUAUAUGACUUCCAUUAUAGACUACGUGCGACCACAAGACCUGAAAAAGGAAUUGAAUGAUAAAUUUAGAGAGAAAUUCCCGCACAUCAAAUUGACUCUUAGCAAAUUGCGAAGUAUUAAAAAGGAAAUGCGCAAAAUAGCCAAACACGACAGUGGUGGCAUCGAUCUCUUGUCCGUUGCGCAAGCGUACGUGUAUUUUGAAAAACUAAUUUUAGCUAACCUAAUCAACAAAGACAAUAGAAAAUUAUGCGCCGGAGCCUGUUUGUUACUUUCAGCCAAACUGAAUGACGUUAAAGGAGAAAUGUUAAAAGCACUUAUCGAGCGAAUAGAAACAACGUUCAGGGUGAAUCAUAAGGAUCUAGUGAAAUGUGAAUUUGCUGUUCUGGUAGCUCUCGAGUUCGGAUUACAUGUACCCCCAUACGAAGUGUUUCCUCAUUAUCAGCGCUUGCUACACGACUCGUGACCCUGGCGAAGACUGGCUUUGGAGCCAUGUAUACGAGUCUGUCAUAAAAGACGAGCGAGUAUUGUCGACAAUUUUAGAGCAAGUGCCUGGAUGUAAAAUUACAUUUUUAAAUUUUAAAUGGACUACUGUCCACUUCUUCCGUUCAGUUAUAAUAUUGGAUUAAUUUUACAAAUAUGACCUAUCAUGUCAUGCUUUUCAAAACGAAUUAAUUCAUUAUAUUAAUUUGUUAUGGAUUCACAUGUUUUGAAUUAUAAUUGUUAUCUUAUUUGUAUUACUUUGUAGAAGUUUACCUCAACAUUGCCGAGAAAUGUAGUCCUUAAACCCAGGACAAUUAACACAAAUAAAAAAAAUGUAAUCAAAUUCAGCCACAAAUGUGGAAGGUGGCAACAAGUCUGUUACUUCGGCUUAUUUCCUUUGCUCGGACUGUCCCACUACAAAACGUAACUGGUUAAUGCGCAAAGUGUAUCAAUGGUUCAUAAUUAUAAUUGUUAUUUCAAUAUCUUGUUAUUAUUCCAAAGUUAAAUUCGGUAGAUCUGAUGCCAGUUAUGUUUUCUAUCAUUAUUUUAUCUUUGGCUCGUGACUCGUGUAUAUCGAACACAGGAAUGAUUGUGCGUUAUUAGAGAAUAGAAAUUAGAAGCUUAACCAAAUAUCGCUAAUUAAAUUUUUAGAAAGUAGGUACUUAAGCUUAAUUAGUUUUCGAAAUAUACUUUAAUAUUAUAAUUCUAACUAUUUUUUUAAAUAUUAAAUCUCAUUGUUAUAAGGUUUAAUGUAAAACUAGCAGAAUUUAUUCUGGAGCCUCAUUUGUUCGAGAAAUUUCCUGCUACGACUCAUCUUUUAGCAGAUCAUCUAGUGUGUAUGUUAUUAACUUAUGGGCACCGUAUUUAAUAUAAGAGUGUAAUUACAUUAUUUAUUGAAUUGUCUUAAGGUUGGAAGUUCAUUUACCGUUUACUAUGCAUUAAAAGCUGAUUGAUAUUGCUGCCAAGAUGGAUAUAGCAUAGAAAGGCCUAGUCAUGAAUACUAUUGCUCAAGCGAAAUAUUGGAACGAUUUUAUUAGAUAUGUCAUUUAGAUUAACAAUACAAAAAAAUAUAGUUUUUGUGAAAUUAUAUAGUUUUUAUAAUAUUUGAUGAAAGUGCAAGUAUAUUUAAAAUUUCAUUUCAGUCAUUUAUUUUAUUGUAAUGCAAAAGUUUAAUGCGUCUUAGAUUGUUUUAAACAUGAUAGAUUCACUAUGUUGAGUAAAUAAAUACAUUAAUUCAUAACAUCGCAACUGUGAUAAUUGUGUAAAAUUAUUAUUAUCUAUUGAUAUUUGUCAUUCAUUUUUAUGACACACACACAUAAUGUUAAUUUUCAGUAGAAUAAACGUAUAGGAAUACAGGACGUACAGUGAAUAAGAUAAUUAAUUUAACAAAGGUAACAAUAAUAAAUGCAUGUGAAAUAGUAUCAUCGCAAACUGCUUUCAAAUCUUGCCAAAAAAGAAGUUAAUUCCCUCCCUUCUUUAUUAUCUUUUUCUUAUUAGAAUACGAGUAUUACGAAACUUGCAAUGAAGAUCCGCCUAAUUUGAAAUAAUUUUAUGUUUAUCUGAGAUCUUGUUUAAUGUAGUGCUCAAAAAGAACCAAAAUGUAAAUAUACUAAAACUGAAACACAAUUAUAAAUAAAGAGGGAGAAAACAAUUACGUUUUCCUCUCUUGUUUUUACCCUUAACGGGCUGGUAAUUUGUUUAUUUAGAUAAGUCGGAACUAUUGAUAGGUAUUAAUUUAGUAAUAAUAAAUGCGAAAUAUUUAAUCUGACUGCUUGCUUUUGGCUCCGAAAUGUGUGAACGGAUUUCCAUGAAACAUUGUUUAGAUAUUGACUGUUGCAAAGGUAGUAACAAAAAACUAUUGCCUUGUAGUCCUUUAUAGUAUUUCUUAAUUAAAUGAUGUACUUAGACUUAACAUCUAAGAUGUAAGAUGUUAUUUUUACGUAUCUCAGAAUAAGAUAGAAUGUAGUCGCGUGACGUGUGUGUUAUGGUCCAUUCGUAGAACUGGUUAUUACUUAAAGUCGUCGACCAUUUUGAGGUUUACAAAUUUAGGUAUUAAUAUUACGUAAAAUCUAGUUACAUAUUUAUUGAAAUUACGCUACACGUUCUGCCUCAAGAUAUUAAUAUACCCCAAUAUUUUUCGAGAGAAUCUGCAAAGUUUACAAGCCACGAUAAAAGUAACUAACGCGCUAAGUUAUUAAGAUACUGAAUAAU